GACAACUGAAGAGUGUGAGCGGUGGCGCUUCUAAGCUUGGCGAGAGGGGGAGAGGCAGGCAAAGGAGAAAGAAAACAUCAGAAGAGGCGCAAGGAGUGCGAUAUUGUGCGUUUAUGUCUGUUUGUCAUCACUGGACUGGCCCCCCAUUCUGACCACUCAAACCGUCAACGGUACCAGUGACUUCAAUUCGGCCUAUCCUGCCCAAUAUUGGUUUGUCUCAUGCGGUCUAGUUUGGAGGGAAAGAAGCGAGAAGGAUGAUCACGGUUGUAAGGCAACAAAAUAGGAAAAAUGCCAAGGGGGGUGAAUACUUCCGGAAGCCACUGUGAGGGACUCAGAAGCACUGGAGAUCAUAGAGUAUCCCCUAAACCUUUCACACCACCUGCUAGGUCCGAAGCUCUGGUCUGACACACCCCUAGACCUGUCCCGGUCACACCCACCCACCCACACCCCUGCAGAACAGCGUCUGAAACAAAUCACUUCUUCAAACCUCUGCCCACUGGAAUAAAUGAGUGGACCUGCUGGAGAGGAUAGGGCUGGGAUAUAUACCAGAACCUACACAGAAUGUCCUGGUUCAGCGGCUUCCUAGUGGCCAGAGUCGACGACCGCAAGACCGCGUGGGGGGAGCGCAAUGGCAAGAAGUCCAAGCAGAAGGGAGGCUCAUCCCUCUGCAACCCGCGUUACAUGAGCUGCCUGAGGGACCCGGACGCCAUGGAGCCCCCCUCUGGAGCCCCCCUCAACCCCCACCACUGUGGAGGGGGGGCCGGGGCGGUGGGCGGGGGGGGCAACUUCGGUGUGCGCUGCAUCUGGCAAGAGGACCACUAUGGCAAAGGCGGCGUCACCGGUGAAGGGGUGGGGCUCAAAUCUGUCGACCUGGGCUUUGAGGACGGGGACCUGAAGGGGAGGAAUGGGGGGGGUGGCGGGGAGGGGGGUGACGAGGGCCUCAAUGGGGGAGGGGUGGUGACGGCGGCAGACUGCUGGCUGCGGGUGGUGCGGGUGUUCCAGUCCAAGAAGUUCCAGUCUCAUAAGCUGGAGCUUCUGUACCAGCGCUACUUCUUCAGACUCAACCAGAGCUCCCUCACCAUGCUGAUGGGGGUGCUAGUGAUCGUGUGCGGCGUGAUGCUGACCUUCCACUGUGUCCACGCGACCCCGGACGUGGCCUACUCCUCGGCCCUCUCCGUGGCCAUGGCCCUGUUCAUGGCCCUCAUGGUUGUGUGUAACCGGAACGGCUUCCACCAGGACUACAUGUGGAUGGUGAGCUACCUGGUUAUCGGGGUCCUAUUGCUGAUGCAGGUGUUCGGCGUGCUGAUGGUGGCGCCUCGCAGCGCAUCUGAGGGCAUCUGGUGGUCUGUGUUCUUCAUCUACAUCAUCUACACGCUGCUGCCUGUCAGGAUGAGAGCAGCCGUGCUGAGCGGAGGGGUGCUCUCCACCAUUCACCUGGUCACCACCUGGCAGUUCAACCAGGAAGACGUGUUCCUCUGGAAACAGCUGAACGCCAAUGUGCUGAUCUUCCUGUGCACUAACAUCAUUGGGAUAUGUACACACUACCCUGCCGAGGUGUCUCAGAGACAGGCUUUCCAGGAGACCAGAGGAUACAUUCAGGCCAGACUGCACCUGCAGAGAGAGAACCAGCAGCAGGAGCGCCUGUUACUGUCUGUGUUGCCAAGGCAUGUUGCCAUGGAGAUGAAGGCUGACAUCAACGCUAAAAAGGAAGACAUGAUGUUCCAUAAGAUCUACAUCCAAAAACAUGACAAUGUCAGUAUUCUGUUUGCAGACAUUGAGGGCUUCACCAGCUUGGCAUCUCAGUGUACGGCUCAGGAGUUGGUCAUGACACUCAACGAGCUCUUCGCCCGCUUCGACAAACUAGCAUCGGAGAACCACUGUCUGCGUAUCAAGAUCCUGGGCGACUGUUACUACUGUGUGUCUGGGCUUCCUGAGCCCCGCGCUGACCACGCCCACUGCUGUGUGGAGAUGGGCGUCGACAUGAUAGAGGCCAUCUCGCUGGUGCGAGAGGUGACAGGAGUCAACGUGAACAUGCGUGUGGGUAUCCACAGUGGGCGUGUGCACUGUGGGGUGCUGGGACUCAGGAAGUGGCAGUUUGACGUGUGGUCCAAUGAUGUCACACUAGCCAACCAUAUGGAGGCUGGGGGCAAGGCAGGGAGGAUCCACAUCACCAAGGCCACUCUGCAGUAUCUGAAUGGGGACUAUGAGGUGGAGCCUGGGUUCGGAGGGGAGAGGAACGCGUACCUGAAGGAGAACAACAUCGAGACCUUCCUGGUGCUGGGCUGCAGCCAGAAAAGGAAAGACGAGAAGGCCAUGAUGGCCAAGAUGCAGAGGACGCGGUCCAACUCCAACGAGGGCCUGAUGCCUCGCUGGGUGCCCGACACAAGGUUCUCCAGGACCAAGGACUCCAAAGUCUUCAGACAGAUGGGGAUUGAUGAGUCAUCCAGCAAAGACAACCGUGGUGCACAGGAGGCAAUGAACCCCGAGGAUGAGGUGGAUGAGUUUCUGGGGCGAGCCAUCGACGCCCGCAGCAUCGACCAGCUGAGGAAGGACCACGUCAAGAAGUUCCUGCUCACCUUCCAGACCUCCAGCUUGGAAAAAAAGUAUUCGAAGAAGGUGGACGAUCGCUUUGGGGGUUAUGUAGCUUGUACUCUCCUGGUCUUCUGUUUCAUCUCCUUCAUCCAGAUUGUCAUAUUUCCACACACCCCGGUCAUGCUAGGGGUCUACAUCAGUAUCUUCAUCAUCCUCACCAACAUCCUCUUCAUCUGUGCCAUAUAUUCCUGCGUUAAGCUGUUUCCAGCUGCGAUGCAGACAGUGUCAAAGAAGAUAGUCCAGUCUCGUACCAACAGCACUCUGAUGGGGGUGUUCACCAUCAUCCUCGUCUUCAUCUCUGCCUUUGUCAACAUGUUUGCCUGUGACACAGAGAGCUUAGUGGUCUGUAUCUCCCGGGAGCUGAACAUCUCUGUUGCCAUGGUGACGCCAUGUCUCAUCCGCAACCUGUCUGUGUCUGUAGACGGGGGUCUAGAGAUCUGUCCCAGCCAGGGCCCCUCAUGCCCCUUCCCAGAGUAUUUCAGCUACAGUGUGCUGCUGACCCUGCUGGCGUGUUCAGUGUUCCUACAGAUCAGCAGUAUAGGGAAGCUGGCCCUCAUGCUGCUCAUCCAGCUCACCUUCCUGCUGCUGGUGGAGUGGCCACAGGUGGCGCUGUUCGACAACGCUGACCUCUUCGUCACCUCCAAUGCCCUUGAUUUCAAUGAAACUAUUCAAUGGUCCAGUUUCAAUGAAACUACAGAUGAGUGCCCAUUCAGUGAGACCAAAGUUUCCCUGAGGGUCAUGACUCCUGUGAUUCUCACUGUGUUUGUGCUGGCGCUCUACCUCCACGCCCAGCAGGUGGAGUCCACGUCACGCCUCGACUUUCUCUGGAAACUACAGGCCACAGAAGAGAAGGAGGAGAUGGAGGAGCUGCAGGCGUACAACCGCCGCCUCCUCCACAACAUCCUGCCCAAGGACGUGGCCGCUCACUUCCUGGCGCGAGAGCGAAGGAACGAUGAGCUCUACUACCAGUCCUGUGAGUGUGUGGCCGUCAUGUUCGCCUCCAUCUCCAACUUCUCUGAGUUCUACGUGGAGCUGGAAGCCAACAACGAGGGAGUGGAGUGUCUCCGGCUGCUCAACGAGAUCAUCGCCGACUUUGACGAGAUCAUCAGUGAGGAGAAGUUCCGUCAGCUGGAGAAGAUCAAGACCAUCGGCAGCACCUACAUGGCCGCCUCGGGUCUCAAUGACUCCACCUACGACCGUAAGGGUCGCUCCCACAUCACAGCUCUGGCCGACUACGCCAUGAGACUGAGGGAGCAGAUGAAGUACAUCAACGAGCAUUCCUUCAACAACUUCCAGAUGAAGAUAGGUCUGAACAUUGGGCCAGUGGUGGCAGGGGUGAUUGGAGCACGGAAGCCACAGUACGAUAUCUGGGGGAACACGGUCAACGUGGCCAGUCGCAUGGACAGCACAGGAGUCCCCGACCGCAUUCAGGUGACCACGGACCUCCACCAGGUGCUUUCAGAUAUAGGAUACGUUCUGGAGUGUCGUGGGGUCGUUAAGGUCAAGGGUAAAGGGGAAAUGACGACCUACUUCCUGAAUGAUGGACCGCCCAAUAGUUAGCAGCCGUGGCAGCGCUAGCCGGGACCAUUCCCACUGCAAGGACACGGCAGCACUACUGAAGGAGGACUCGCACCGCGAGUUAGCGGCUAAUAACUAGCGACGCCAUCACUUGAAACCCGAGAAAAGACUGUGAGACUCCAGGACUUGAGAAGGAAAGUGUUCUUGUGUGGCAGCCAUGUUUUAGAAGGAUGAGUGUUUUUCUCAUGUCUAGCCUCUAUUUCAGGCUACUUGAACGUUGCAAAGUUUGUCUAUUUAAAACAACGCCUUUAGCCUGUGUCAAAAGAGGGAAAAAGCUGUACAUACGGCUACUUUUUUAAUUUCUUCAUUUUGUGUGAUUUUUUUUCAGUCAUUUUUUAUUUCAGGAUAAUUAUGAAACAGGUACUCAUGUUUUAUUUCUGGGUGACUUAUUUAUUUUAAUCUUGAUGUUUUGUGCAAAAAGUCCUUUAUGAAAAAGUGUGAAUACAUACGUGCACAAAUAUACAGUUUAUUACAAGUGUGUAUGUACAUGCAUAUUUGUGUGUGUAAAAUUGAGAAGGAAAAUAUUGACCAAAGACCAAAGUAUUUACAAAAAACAAGGCAAGACUUGUCUGUUGUGUUCUCGCAGAAGUCUGCCAUUAUCACUAACUCAAUCUGUUGCACGGCAAUACCUUCAGUCGUUGUACUUCAGCGCUGUCAAAGGCUAUGUCUCAGUAUGGGAAAAAUGUGUAACAACUUUAAUGUUGAGGUCAAGCACAGUUUAUCAUCGAUGACAUCUGUAGGAUUACUCUGCCCCCAUCUCUAAAACAUGUAAUUCGAUAGUAAAUAGUGGCUUGGAAGCCUUUUUUAAGUCCGGGGGAGAAGGUUCAACAAAAUGAGAGGAAAUAGCAGUUCCACCCAGGAUGAUGGUCCCCCUCCUCCUAAACCCUUGUCAGAUUGGUUCCCCGCUCCAUGGCUCAGUCCAGCUAUAACAGCUCAGAGCUUGGGCACCCAAGGCACAGCUGUAUACGUCAUGGCCAUAAAGGCAAAUACGGUCAACUGCGCCAUCCCUUUCAAAGAGGUAUGUUUUCUGUGCAAAUGGAAAUGAAAGGACUCAAAACGAAAAAAGAUGUCCCAGAACCUUCGAGGCGAAAACCUGGGCAUUAGAUGCAGUGGUGCAUAUAAUACAGCCGUGGCCAAAAGUUUUGAGAAUGACACAAAUAUUCAUUUCCACAAAGUUUGCUGCUUCCGUGUCUUUAGAUAUUUAUGGCAGAUGUUACUAUGGAAUACUGAAGUAUAAUUACAAGCAUUUCAUAAGUGUCAAAGGCUUCUAUUGACAAUUUCAUGAAGUUGAUACAAAGAGUCAAUAUUUGCAGUGUUGACCCUUUUUCAAGACCUCUGCAAUCCGCGCCGGCAUGCUGUCAAUUAACUUCUGGGCCACAUCCUGACUGAUGGCAGCCCAUUCUUGCAUAAUCAAUGCUUGGAGUUUGUCAGAAUUUGUUGGUUUUUGUUUGUCCACCCGCCUCUUGAGGAUUGACCACAAGUUCUCAAUGGGAUUAAGGUCUGGUGAGUUUCCUGGCCAUGGACACAAAAUAUCGAUGUUUUGUUUCCCAAGGCACUUAGUUAUAGUGCCUUAUGGCAAGGUGCUCCAUCAUGCUGGAAAAUGCAUUCUUCAUCACAAACUGUUCCUGGAUGGUUGGGAGAAGUUGCUCUCGGAGGAUGUGUUGGUACCAUUCUUUAUUCAUGCCUGUGUUCUUAGGCAAAAUUGUGAGUGAGCCCACUCCCUUGGCUGAGAAGCAACCCCACACAUGAAUGGUCUCAGGAUGCUUUACUGUUGGCAUGACACAGGACUGAUGGUAGCGCUCACCUUGUCUUCUCCGGACAAGCUUUUUUCCGGAUGCCCCAAACAAUCGGAAAGGGGAUUAAUCAGAGACAAUGACUUUACCCCAGUCCUCAGCAAUCCAAUCCCUGUACCUUUUGCAGAAUAUCAGUCUCUCCCUGAUGUUUUUCCUGGAGAGAAGUGGCUUCUUUGCUGCCCUUCUUGACACCAGGCCAACCUCCAGAAGUCUUCGCCUCACUGUGCGUGCAGAUGCACUCACACCUGCCUGCUGCCAUUCCUGAGCAAGCUCUGUGCUGGUGGUGCCCCGAUCCCGCAGCUGUGUCAACUUUAGGAGACAGUCCUGGCGCUUGCUGGACUUUCUUGUUAGCCCUGAAGCCUUCUUCACAACAAUUGAACCGCUCUCCUUGAAGUUCUUGAUGAUCCAAUAAAUGGUUGAUUUAGGUGCAAUCUUACUGGCACCAAUAUCCUUGCCUGUGAAGCCCUUUUUGUGAAAAGCAAUGAUGACGGCACGUGUUUCCUUGCAGGUAACCAUGAUCAACAGAGGAAGAACAAUGAUUCCAAGCACCACCCUCCUUUUGAAGCUUCCAGUCUGUUAUUCGAACUCAAUCAGCAUGACAGAGUGAUCUCCAGCCUUGUCCUCGUCAACACUCACACCUGUGUUAACGAGAGAAUCACUGACAUGAUGUCAGCUGGUCCUUUUGGGGCAGGGCUGAAAUGCAGUGGAAAUGUUUUUUGGGGAUUCAGUUCAUUUGCAUGGCAAAGAGGGACUUUGCAAUUAAUUGCAAUUCAUCUGAUCACUCUUCAUAACAUUCUGGAGUAUAUGAAAAUUGCCAUCAUACAAACUGAGGCAGCAGGCUUUGUGAAAAUUAGUAUUUGUGUCAUUCUCAAAACUUUUAGCCACGACUGUAUAGUGCAUUCAGAAAGUAUUCAGACUCCUUCACUUUUUCCACAUUUUGUUACAUUACAGCCUUAUUCUAAAAUGUAUUGAAUACAUAAAAAUCCUCAUCAAUCUACACACAAUAAUGGCAAAUUUCAUAAUUAUAAAAAACAGAAAUACAGAAAUAAGUAUUCAGACCCUUUGCUAUGGACUCAAACUUGAUUGGACUCCACCUGUUUUUCAGCGACCGGGACUGGGAGACUAGUCAGGAUCGCUGGAAAGUUGAACAGAGUAAAGUACAGAGAGAUCUUGAUGAAAACCUGCUCCAGAGUGCUCAGGACCUCAGACUGGGGUGAAGGUUCACCUUCCAACAGGACAAUGGCCCUAAAAAACACAGCCAAGACAACGCUGGAGUGGCUUCGGGACAAGUCUCUGAAUGUCCUUGAGUGGCCCAGCCAGAGCCCGGACUUGAACCCGAUUAAACAUCUCUGGAGAGACCUGAAAGUAGCUGUGCAGCAACACUCCCCAUCCAACCUGACAGAGCUUGAGAGGAUCUGCAGAGAAGAAUGGGAGAAACUCCUCAAAUACAGGUGUGCCAAGCUUGUAGGGUCAUACCAAAGAAGACUCAAGGAUGUAGUCACUGCCAAAGGUGCUUCAACAAAGUACUGAUUAAAGGGUCUGAAUAUUUAUGUCAAUGUGAUAUUUGUUGUUGUAAUACAUUUAAAAUAUAUAUAUAUAAAACCUGUAUUUGCUUUGUCAUUAUGGGGUAUUGUGUGUAGAUUGAUGAGGAAAAUAAUUAUUACUGAAUACUGUGCUUUGUCAUCUUGAAGGCCCAUAACUAUUUUCACUGUGAGGUUUUAAUAAUACGACAAACUGCUUUCUUGCCAAACUUAACUUCUCUAAAGCAUGUCUGAUUGUAUUAUCCUCUUUUCAUUUUUCAUGUUGUUUUAACAUUGGGUAUCUUGUAUCUUAUUAUGAUUAGAAUUAUGAUUUAUUAUGCUUAUUAUGAUAUUUCCAUUCCAACGAUAAGGAUCAAAGAGCAGAACGCUUUCUUUUAAAAUGCCAGACGUAAGCUCAAGCUCAUUGGCACCAACUGAUCAACUGCAGCCAACUCCCUCAGUGCUGUUUCCUCACCACCCUACAGUAUUCAAACACUGGCUCUAGACCUGCUGACACAUACCCAUUAGCUGUCGCUUUGGCAUCAAACCCCAAGUGGUGCAUAUUCCCCAAUCACGAAGGACUGAAGCGUUUACACGCAGAUAAACAAAUUAUACACUGUACCUUUUUAUUGAGCAAACACUGCUUCAAGACUCAACUCAAUCAGCUUGUGAGCUGAUCCCCUUCCUAUCGGACUUCAGGGCAGAGAGACGGGACACAAUCAGCAGUAUUUCCUACUUGAACUCUGCCUUAAUUGAACAAGCCACUGGAGAAUACAGUGUGAGCAGGAGCUGUGCCUGAUUGCCACAUCUGAGUUUCACAGUAUGUUAUACAGAGAGUGAGGGAGAGAAAGAGAGGGAAGGGUAGAGAGAGAGCCUGUGAAAGCUAAUAUAAAUCAUUUACUGACCUUAGCAUUGACACAACACUGACUUCAUUUUGUUCAUUUUGACUUCACGUUUCCCCAUAACAUCCUCAAAACACCCCAGUCACCGUUCCUCUCUCUACCCUACUUAACUAUGGCAACUACAGUAACAGUUGAUCAUGUUCGUACCAAAGCAAGCUAAUGCUGCCUCAUGCUAUUGGUCCCUCCCAGUGCAGUGAUAUUUGGCCUUGAGCGUGUGGGACCGCCAGGCAACAGUAAAGGUCAUGGGGUCAAUAGAUGACAUAGGUGACCAACUAAGAGUGAUGCACAUAGAAAUAUAAUACAUAGAAUGGAUGUGGUAAGUAAGAUGAUGCACGUUGUGUCCAUUCUAUUUCUAUGGGCUGUCCUGUCUUUGGGUUGAGGUUGAUUGUUGACUCUUGGGAUGUUUUUAGGGGACAGGGGAGGAAGAGGGUUGUCCCAGUACUACUGAAACUGUGUUUUGUUCAGGCCUAAUGAACCCUUUUCGAACCCUUUCCUUUUUGUUCGUUUGUUUUCUAGCCCUGAGUUGAAGGACAAGAGUUGAGGACAUUGACAAAGAGAAAAAGAACAGUUCCCCUUGAAUAAAAAAAAAAAACUAAAAUCAA